GCAGCCACUGUUUUGGAAGUGAAGUGCGUAAAAUCAUAAUUUAUACAUAUUACAUCAUGUGAGUGGUAUAAUUCAGUGCAAUACUUAGUGUAAUUUAUAAGUAUAUUUUAAAUUGUAUUUGAUUUUAAAUAAAAUGAGUGAAAAUCUUACAUAUUCGCGAAUUAUCAGCGUAACAGCAGUAAUCGACCCAUCAACAGGUGAACUUGUCGUCAAUCCUAAAGACCAGCGUAGGUUAUGUUGUUUGUUGAACACAAACGGAGAAGAAGAUAUCAGAUUCUUAUCACCUAGUGAGGUGGAAUCGUUAAUACCAUCACAUUCAGUAGACAUUGGGCCAUUACCAACAACUUCAACGAAUAUUGAAGAUCAUAUUCAAGAUAACGAUGAUAAUAUUAAUGAUAAUGACGGCAAUAAUUAUGUGGAUGAUUCCAAUUAUGCCGCUGAUGAAAAUUAUGGCGAUGAUGAAUGUUAUGGCGAUGAUGAUAAUUAUAAUGCCAAUUGUUCUGAUGAAGGUGAAAAGGAUCUAGAAACGGAAUUGAAAAAAUUUGUUACCAAUCGAAAGGCGAGGAAUGUAGCAAAACAUGAUCGUUGUGAUGCUGACAAGGAGAAUUCACUACAAAAAACAACUCGUACACAAUGGAGUGAAAGUGUGACAACAACGUUGAUUGAGAAUUAUUCGAUAAUAAAAGAAGAAAAUAAAUUAAAAGGAGACAGUUUUUGGUUGAAGAUAUCAAAAUUAAUGAUGGAAAAAAAUUUUUCAGUAGCUGGACAUUUGUGCGAAACAAAAUGGAAUUCUCUUUGCAGAACAUAUAAAAAUAUUAUCGACCGCAAAAAGCAAACCGGCACAAGUCCUCCAAAGAAAUGGAUUUAUUUCGAAGAAAUGAAUAAUGUUAUGUUUAAGAAACCUGAAAUUAAUCCGCCGGCUGUUGCUUCAAGUCUGCAAGGAUAUAAAAGAAAGAUAAUUAAAGAAAUUAAUGAUCCGUGCGAUGAUAAAGAUUAUCAAAAUAAAAAGAAAAAAAAUAAUGCAAAAAAUGAAAGUUCAAUGACACUAAGAGAAUUGAAUGAGGACGCUAAUAGGAGAUUCAAAGAGAAUUUGGCAAGAAAAGACGCGUUAUUGGACAUUAUGAAGGAGUUUCUUAAAAAUAAGAAAAAAGAGAAAGAAGAUUCUGAAUAAAUUCAAGUAAACAAUCAAUUUCUUUUCUGUCUGCUGUCAUAGUUAAGUUAUAGUAGCGCGCGAGAAUCACAAUAUAUUGUUUGGCAAUUAUUCUCCAGUUGGUUUGCUUUUGAUUUUCAGAAAUAAAAAAAUUUUCUUAUGUGAUAAAGUAAAAGAAAGUAUAGUUAAAUUUUAUUUUAAUUUCGUAUUUUAAUAUUUUUUAAGUAAAAGGUAAAUUUUAAUUUUGAAAGACCUUAUUUUCAAAUUAAUAAAUUAGAAAUUUUCGUAAGAAUUUCUCUAGUUAAUUAAAGUUUGGGUUAAUUUUAAAUAAGAAAAAAAUAUUUAUAAAAAUUCAAAUUUAUUUUUUAUUAAUUAAAUAUACUAAUACUUGAAACUGUUAAAUAUAAUAAAUAAAUUAUUUUCAUAUUUGAUAAAUUAAUUAAAGGGUAUUGUAAAAUUUUUUUAUUUUAAUUAAAAAUCAAACAACAACUCAAGUAUCAUUGGCGUUUAGCUUUUGAAAAAAAGUUAUAUGUAACUUGUUUUGUGCUUAAUUCCCGAAACAGUUGCUUUCUUGUAUAACAUUUCCUAUUUAUUAUUAUUAUUUUUUUUUGAUUGUCCAAUCUGUUGAAAGAUGAGUUUCUUUGAGUUAAUCAAUAAUGGUUAUACGACGCUGUGAUAACAAAUAAUUUAUAAUUUUAUUGUAAACCGUGAUCGCAAUUGCAUCAGUAUUAUGUUUUUACACAAAGUAAUCUAUUAAGUGCGUUUGUAAGUGUUUUUCUCUGUAGACCUCGAAUAAGUUUAUCAAUAUUUUCAUCUUUAUAGUUUAAUUGACUCGAAUUUAUUAUUUUUAAGGGGAAGGGAUUACGUAAAUCCCAUUGUGGAAAUCGAUUUGUUUUUCGAUAAUAAUUAUAAUUUGAGCCAAAUUGCAGUAUUCUAAAGUCGGUUGACUUUAAAUAGUUUUUAAUUCUAAGUUUAACUAGAGAAAUCAAAAAUGUCUAAGUUUAGUUCUAAUGAAAAAAAUUUUUAAUGAAGAGUACGUCUGUUCACAGAUUCAAAAUUUAUGUUAAACAAAGAAUUGAAACUCUUUGUUUUAGUUUAAAAAAACUAUUCAACCAACAUUACUUAAAAUUUAAGGCAUUUUAUAUUAAGUUUUAUAAAGUUUUAUAAAAAUGGUUGCAACUGCCCUACAUUUAAGUGUACAGAUUAUUGUACUCUAGACAAAAGUGUGAUACAAUUGUUCGACAAUCUAAUGCUGAACGUCGACUUUAAAAUAUGUAUUGUUAAAAAAUAUAAAGAUAAAUUUUUUUUUUA